ACAUUUUUUCUGUAAAUGGGAGAACAGUGCACUCAAGGAGACAUGGAUCUAACUUGGCAAGAGAUCAUGUCCAUUACUGAAUUACAGGGGCUGGAUAUGCACCCAGAGUCUGCAUAUAAUACUGAAUAUGGAUGUCAGCCACCCGCAGUGCAGUUUUUUGGAUACAGUCUCGGUAAUAACCCGAGAGAUAGUAUUUUGCCAAAUGUAAGCCAAGGCAUGCCAAACUUUGAUCGACUUCACUUGGAACCCAUUUCUCCACAAGCUCAGCAAGUUCCUACUCUUUCCUUGGUUUCUGAAUAUGGUCCAACGUCCUACACAGGAAUGUUAAUGUCAAAUGUCUCUCAAACUGGUGCCAUUAAUCACUAUCCUUCAAAGCUUGUACCUACAAAUGGGAUGAGUGCUCCAGAUCAUAGAGCGAUGCCAGAUGCUUGUGUAAAUGGUGUCCAUUCUCUACACCAGCACUGUAAAGGCCAAGAUGAUUUUGAAACAGACUCUGGCUUAUCUUUGAACUUCAGUGAUGGUGAAUCAAUUGAAAUAGAGAACAUAGAUACGCAGAAGAUGCAGCCAGACUUUAUGGAAAUAAUUACGCCACAUGUCUAUCAAAGCCAGUAUCAUAUGGCUACAAACUUCACACAGUCUUUUAUGGAACACAACAUGUGCGAAACCCAAACCUACAUUACAUCUCGAACGCAAGAACUGGUCUGCAGUAGGGAUGAGCGAAGAGCAGUCACUAUGCAAAUUCCAUUUCCUAUAGAGAGAAUCAUCAAUCUACCUGUAGAGGAGUUUAAUGAACUUCUGUCACACUACACAUUAACAGAAUCACAGCUGGCUUUGGUUAGAGACAUUCGUAGACGCGGGAAGAAUAAAGUCGCUGCUCAAAAUUGCCGCAAGCGCAAAAUGGAGAACAUUGUCAUCUUGGAAAGAGAAAUAGAGCAGUUGAGAACAGAGCGAGAAGGACUGCACAGGGAACGAGAGGAUGUGGAAAGGGUUAUAGGAGAAGUGAAGACCAAUUUGAAAGUGCUUCAGCAGGAGUUAUACAGCAUUUUACAGAAUCAGGGAAGUCAGUUCUAUAAUGAGGACCUUUUGUUCAAACAGACACCAGAUGCCAGUAUUCCCUUCCCUGCAAAUUAG